UGGAGUAUUGCCCUUGACCACUAGAUGGAGACUUUGUAGAAACGAAUUUCAACAUUUUCAGCGCAGAAUUUAAUGUCUCAAUUACCGGUAACUUCGGCCCUUUGUGUGACACGCCCCAUGCCCUUUUUUGCCUGCCCAUCGUGGAGUUUAUUUUGAUAGCAACACGUGGCAAGUGAGCUCAUGUUUUCGGGGGAGUGUUCACAGGUGAUCAUACAUCAUAGCCACGCUCCACUAAACGCAUGAAAUACAGUUUUGGGGAGGUCUUUCUCUCCUCUGUGUGGAUGUCAAGAAUCUUGUUACAUGUAUUAGUCUGUCGACUCGAGAAUUAGCUGUCUACAAUUGAUUCCGCAUUUCUGGCUGACAGACACACCGCAGAGGACUACUUCAACAAGUUGUAGUGCCAUCAACAACCCUCAACUCUGCUUAGCGCUCGUUUAUUCUGGCGCUCGCGCACACUGUCUGACGCAAGGUGCCGUGGAGUUGGAGCGAGCCGCAAACCGCAGGUGCAAAUUUACGAGGGGUUAAUUAGCCCGAGAAGCUUCUGCAACUGUUUUCUUCGGUUUCUGGUUGGUGAAGUGAUCCAGACCGAGUAGUCCCAUCGUCAUGGCGCUAACAGUGACCCUGCUUGGCCCCUCCCCCUGGGGCUUCAGAAUAGCGGGAGGCAGGGACUUCAAGAGGGCCAUCACAGUCUCCAAGGUGAACGGAGGCAGCAAGGCGGAGAAGGCGGAGCUUCAGCCCGGUGACAUCAUCCUGGAGAUCAACGGAGAAGCCACCGGGGACAUGCUGAACGUGGAGGCCCAGAACAAGAUCAAGAACUCCCAGAACCAGCUGCUGCUGCUCGUGGAGAGGCCAGAUCCUCCCAGCCCGGCGCAGAGCAAUGGAAUCACCAGCCCAGACCAGCUUCUUGGCCGCUUCCAGGAAGCGGUACAGGUGAGCAGAGAUGAGAAUCAGAACUACAGAGAGUACACAAUCUCCAGCCCCGCGUCCAUCUCCCCCGGGCCCUACUCCCCCGAGCCCCCCGCCAGCCCUGACAGGAGGACCGAGAGGAUCACCCCGACCAGCACCAAGAGCCCACAGCUGCGGUCCUGGUCCCCAGAGGAGAAGAACCUCAACCACCGGCUCUCCAGGCCCCUCUCUCAGGAGUUUUCUCCGGACAUGCGGUACAACUACAGCUCGUCCAGUCGGACCCCCACCCCCCCGGGCCUGUACUCCCCCCACAGCCCAGUGGACCGUGAGAUGACGUCCCUCUCCCCCAGGCGCAGUAGCUCCAGCUCUGACUUCAACAUGCAGCGGUUCGACCGGGACUCUGAGGUCUACAAGAUGAUCCAGGAGAACAAGGAGUCUCGCACGGCCCCCCGCCAGUCCAACACCUUCCGCAUGCUCCAGGAGGUGCUGGAGGCCGACGAGAAAGAGGCUGCCAUCCGGUUCCCAGGCAAGCUGUCCCCCAGUCCUCCCAAGCCCACCCCCACCAUCACCACCACCUCCCCCCCUUCCUCCUCGGUGGCCGGGGUGUCCAAGUACCACACCUGCGAGAAGUGCGGCACCAGCAUAGUUACGCAGGUGGUGCGCAUCAUGGAUGACCGCUUCCGCCACCCGGAGUGCUACACCUGCACGGAGUGUGGCCUGAACCUGAAGAUGCGCGGCCACUUCUGGGUGGGCGAGGAGAUGUUCUGCGAGAAGCACGCCCGCGAGCGCCACACGGGGCCCGGUAGCAAUGCCCCCCGACGUCACGCAGUCAACCCCCGCCACUGAACAUCCACCUGGGGGGGGGGCGUAAAGGGAGGACCGAGAGGAGAGGAGAGGGGAGACAGGGGGGGUGGACUUCCACAAAACGCCCACAAACAACCACCAUCAACCAUUAACCAUGACACUGCAUUCCCCCGCCACUGAACACCCAACUCCCCCUGGGGGUAAAGGGAGGACAGAAGGAGGGGAGAGGGGGGGGAUACUUCCACAAAAAAACGCCCACCAACCAAAAACCAUCAAUCAGGACACUGCAUUCCACCACCAUCACCACCACACCCAACUGCCCUGAGGGGACGUGACUGAGAGAAGGGAGGGAGGGAGAGGGAGAGGGGGUGACGUCCUCACAAUGCCACAUGGUUGAUCAACCAUCACCUGCCAACCAUGAUGCACGGCAUUCCAUCACCACCAUUCACCUGAGGGGAAGGAGGAAGACACAGGGAGGAGGGAAUAACUUUCACACAAGGUUUCGACCUAAUAAAAAGUACUCUACUUUACUUCAACCACCACUAAUCAACUAUGCCAUGCCAUUCCAUCCUCCCAAUCAUCACCAUCACCCCUUACUCCACUCUACCCUACUCCGCUCUACCCAAGCCGGGUACCCCAGCACGACAGACUCUGAGCUAUAGACUGUGGGUCCGAUGGGAGGCGGUUGUGCGGUGAGUGGGUGUAGGAUUGGGGAAGAUGGUACAAGUAGACAUGUCCUUUGACUUUUUACCAUCCGUUCACUUCUCAACAUGCAGUGUGCUUGCUAGCCUCUCAUUAACUCCUCAGCAAUGAUGAGCCACUUUGAUUCAGAUGAUUCAGACCAGUGCCAAAUAUUCCAAGUGACCUGGUUUUACCUGUCCAUGUGUACAGGUAAAACUAGAAAUGCACGAGUGCCGACCUCCGCCAAGGAAGCUGUUUGAUAGAUAGAACAUUUGACUAUGUUACACCAUAUUUUUUAUGGUGCUUUUUCUGCCUUGCUUUUGUGCAUUUAGAAACUGGAAUGUCAAAAUUCCCCCUGUCCCAUGGUGAAGAAUUUUUUAUUUUUUUUUAAAUUUCUGGAUCCGGAUCGUGAUCUGGAUCACCACCAAAAUUUAAGCACUUGUUCCUUUUGUCAUUUCCAACAACUCCACAAACUUUAAUCAAAAUACGUUCAUAACUUUUUGAGUUAUCCUGUUGAGAGAGAGACAAGCAGACCAACACGGAAAGCAUAACCUCCUUGGCGGAGGUAUUGACCUGGUUUUACCUGCCCAUGUCCAAUGCCCUAAUUGUACAGGUAAAACUAGGUCUGCUAGAAGAACAUGUGCCUCUGGGGUGAAAUUCUCAAAACCAAAGUUGCUUACUACAUUAGCUACUUUGUUGUUUUCAAUGCAUUUUCCCAUUGGCAACUAUCGAAGUUGCUAACAGGCUAACAACUUCUCUUUUGAGAAACUCACCACUGUAUUGUAGCUUCUGAAUCCAAGUUGCCUUCACCAUCACUGCUCCUCAGUGAACUUGGGUGACUCAAUAGCUGUGGAAAAGGUUGAACUUGGCGUAUUUCCUUCCAUUUUCUGCCCUUUCCAUUGUUUCUAUUUUCUCCCUCCCCCCCAUUCUCUCCACUCUGGCCUCCACCCCUGACCUCCACCUAUCUACCGUACCUUAAUGGCUAUGAUUUUGGGUCAGAUUAAAUUGUGUAGUCACGCCACCUCCCUCCCUCCACCCCUCGUGUCCUUAGUAGAGAGGGUAAAUUGUGGGCAUUUCUCAAAGUGAAGUGUUCUGGCCUUGCUGGUGCCACUAACGCCCAUUUUCCGCGGAUUUCACAGAGGAGUAUCCAAUAGCUAGUUGCAAGUGUAAUUAAUAAUAAUUGAAGGGUUUAUGUGCAAAACUGUGUAUCUCCAUUUUGUAGAAUGUUGGGACAUUGACAUUUUUGUAUUGGACAUUCCAUUGAAUUGCAUUGCAAAAUGCAUUUUAUAUAGGUUAAAACAUUUGAAUGGUAAGAAUUCACACAUAGGUGAUAUGACCUCUGAACAGUUAUUUUCAAUAAUAAAAUGCAAAAGUCAAAAAAUGGAGAUACACCGUUUUGCAAAUAAACCCUUCAAUUGGAUACUCCUCGGUGAAAUCCGUGAAAAAAAUGGUUGUUACUCGCACUAGCAAGGCCUAGCGCACUUCAAUUUGAGAAACACCCGGUGUGUCCAUAGCUGGUUGUGUUUUGAAUGGGUCCACGGGACAGGCUUCCUGUGGUAUAAUUAAGUAUAAUGGGCGUCUGAUGGGACCAAUGCUUCUGGCCCAACUCGGCACUUCACAUGAGAGGGCAGCAUUGGCCACCACAAACACACCAUGAAUGAAUAAAAGCUUUAGUUUUAGAGGGGGUUGAGAAAGAAGAAGAAGCUUUUUUCAUGAACGAAUGUGGGUUUGUGUGUGAAUGAAAUUGUGUUUUGUGUGUGUGUGUGUGUGCGCGCGUGCGUGUGUGUGCGCGCGUGCGUGUGUGUGUGCGCGC